AUGUUAUCGAGACAUCCCAUCAGCGGCCGCAAAGUAAAGCCCACGUUCGGAAUGCCAUCUUGGUGUUUGGAUCCAGGUUUUCGGUUUCUAGCGUAUCUUCGAGCUAUCCGGGGACACACCCUGUGGAAUUAUUCAUCACAGAUAACAGUAACAGACGAAUUCAGACUUGAUCACGUGGAUCAGGUGUCGCCUCUACUUGAUUGCCUUUUCAACGGCAUUGGCCUGCGCGACGAGUAUUUUCUCUUUGCUUUCGGAUUGAGCAUGAGCGUCCGCUUGUCCGAGACUACUUUGUUAAGAUGCGUUGCACAAUUUCGCCAUGAUCUUCUACGAAGAGCUAAAACAAGCGGUUCCUUGCUUCACGACCCAAAAAGGCUUGACCUUUUCAAACACGGACACGAAGACAUAAUCACAGAUUUCAUAGACAGCCUUGGCGGACAGUUCUACAGUCAUUUAGUUGCAGAAAUUGCCAUCGAGCCCGCCCUGAACAAGGGCCUCUCCAUCCCGGCUGUGCACGAACCGGUCCUAUGGAGCAUGAUGACAGCGUCGUUCAUCAGGUGGAUGUCUUUGAAAUAUGGAUUAGUCUCUGAACGCCGGCGCGUCUACCUUUUAGCUACAAGAAUAGACCGAUCUGCCUCAUUCCUUAGUAGGAUGGAUAUUCCACGAGCGGAGAGCCCACAUUUGAUCUCUGCACGGUUGAAGGGAUGCCUUUUGGGUACAUUUUAUCAUUGGGCACUCUUGAUCAAGCGUGAUGAUGGACAUCUGAGAGAAUCGAUACUCUGCCAGUUGACAGUCUCUCGUGGCCGUGUUCGAUUGGAUGCAACAGAGAACCCUACACUCGAGGAAGGUGUCUUGGAAAAUGCGAGGUUUAUUGGAUUCACAAUGUGUUCCAACAACCUGAUCAGGGAUCAAGCGCGCCAAGUCCUCCAUAGCAUGCCAGUCGCCUACAAUGUCAUGAACAACAACUGCCAGACAUUUUGCAGCCGGUUAUUGGAACGCAUCCAGCACGUGACCAGUUCUUCUGAGCUGUACACGGGUCGAGGAAAUAUCCAUGUGGAAGCGUUCGAUCACAUCGUGACGCGACGAGCGAUUGAGCUCGUCUGCCACACCAUCGCGGUGGAACGAGAGAGCAGCAAAGCAGUGACCCACAGUGUCGACGUGGCCCCUUCGAGUCUGAAUGCGGUUAUUCUCGUCGUAAUGAAUGGGCUGACGCUUAUUGUUUUGUACUGGUCUUACAAGCAGCUCAGCGGGUGGCUCUACUCUCUGCUCGUGCUGGCUCUGGCCUUGAACAGUCUUUAUGGCAAUUCUGGGCUGUUCCGCCUACUACACAACCGGGCACCCGGUGAGGAGGCUUGCGAGAGCGACGAUAUGGCUAAAUUAGCAAAACUAGUGAUGAAGCACUCCGCUCGCAAGAGCAUUGGGUACUAG